UCAACAAAUUUCUUUCGAUUCACGCAAGUCGCUCAGAAUUAAUUAAAUUACGAUGAUAAGUAUUGGUCUCUACCAAUAAAAACUUAAUUGAUAGUUGGUGAAUCUUCCAGAAAUUAUCUCCAUGAUGGGUCUACUGAAUAUUUUGAAAAAGCUGCGAUCUAAUCCUGAUAAGGAAUUGCGUUUGCUGCUCUUAGGCCUGGAUAAUGCGGGUAAAACUACUCUUCUAAAACAACUGGCUUCGGAAGAUGUAAAUCAUGUUACUCCAACAGCAGGUUUCAAUAUUAAGUCAGUUUUAUCAAACGGUUUUAAGUUGAACGUCUGGGAUAUAGGUGGGCAGAGAAAAAUAAGACCAUACUGGCGGAAUUACUUUGAAAAUACUGACAUUUUGAUAUAUGUAGUAGAUUGCUCUGAUCACCAAAGGCUGGAGGAGACAGGUCAGGAAUUGGCAGAACUGUUGGAAGAUGAGAAGUUGCGAGGAGUACCAUUACUUGUCUAUGCCAAUAAGCAGGAUUUAGCGUCAGCUCUGCCGGCCAGUGAGAUUGCUCAGCACCUAGGUCUACAUCUGAUAAGAGACCGUACUUGGCAGAUACAGGCCUGCGUGGCUACUGAUGGCACUGGAGUUAAGGAAGGCAUGGAAUGGGUCUGCAAAAACAUCCCGGCUAAGAAAUAACAAAUUAAUUCUAUAAAAACGGCAAUUUACGCUUAACAUACAUUUUCCAUUGUCUUUAAAUAUUGACCAAUCAGAAAUUAUAUUCUUUCGAUUUAAAUGAUAUUCUAGUCUAAAGGAAUCCGUCCAAAGGUGAAAUUUUAGUUAAUUUCUUAAUUUAGUUUUGCCUAUUUGACACACAACUAUUAUAUCUACAUGUUUUAACAUACAGACACAUAAUUACAUAACUAUGUAGUACCUACCUAUUAUAAUUUUAUUUUCAUUAGUUAUAUGUUAUGAAAAUAAUUAAUUUGAGUGUAUGUUCCAAAUAACAAUACUUUCAUUUUUAGUUUGGAACAACACUAUUUGUGGAUGCCUUAAAUGGUAGUUAUAAAGUCAAUAGGGUAGUUUCCUAAAUUUUAAUUUAAUGUCCGUCUGGUACAUUAAUUUAAAACUUUAGAUUCGUAUU